AGAUCAAAACAACAUGUAUAUGGGUGCACCUCUAAGCAGUGACCCGCGUAUGGCAAUUCAGCCAGGGAUCCAGCCAAUGGGGACUGCAGGUUAUCCGAGUGUAAGCCCAUAUGGCUCCAGUGGUAUGCCCGGCAUGCCUCCUGCCCCAAGCGGCCUUCCAGGAAGUCUGGGCCACAUGGCGCAACCUGCUGGCCUUUCCAGUUCCUCUGCACCACCCGGAAGUAGCUUAUCUUUAGGACAAACUCAUCCAGGGGGUUUACCUCUUGGAGCUUCACCAUUAGGACAUUCGAUUCUAGGACCAUCUGGUUUAGGGCCUUCUGGCCUAGGCCCAUCAAGCCUAGGACCUUCUGGACCUAGUUUAUAUGGCACACCACAGGGGAGGACUUUGGCUCUAGGACCAACACCUCAAGGACUCACAUCCAUAGGACAGAUGCAUGGGCAUGCAUUGAAACCAACCCCAACACCCCCAAGUAGCUUAUAUGGACCAGGCCAAUCAUUCUCUGCAUUACAUGCAGCUAAUGGUCAGCCUGUAUAUAGAGGGAUGCCGGGUCAAUCAGCAUCUGGUAUAAGUCCCUACCCUAUUGAUGUGAAAAAUAAUUCAGCUUGACCUACUUUUAUUUUGAUAAAUGUGAAAAUGAAACAACAAUACUAAACAAUAUUGAAAUUGAAAAUGAAAAUGCCAAAAUAUGAGUUGGAAUUUUGGUAGACCUACCUCACUAUCGAUUUAAAGUGACAAUUUAACUCAUUUUUCUAAAUCAGCCAUGGUUUAAGGAAAGUCAAAUUGUUAAUACUGAAAUAUUCAGGAUCUCAAAAAAAAACUACAAACACAAUUUUACUCACUAUAAUACUGAAAACUUUAGAUCUGAAAAUAUUUUUUGAAAUAUUGUAGUUGAAAUUAGGGAGGUUAAGUACAUUUAUUCUUUGAAACAAUGUGGCUAAGAUGAGUUUAUGGUAUUCAGCCCGUUUAAGACACAUGUAAUAUCAGAAUAUAAAAAUAUGGAC